GGCCCAAAGGUGGUCCACUGUGCAGACGCGAAUGCUAGUAGUGGACAAUAUUGUCGGGACAAGCUACAAUGUCCCUCUCCUUCGUUUCAAAUGCACAUCUCGAUGAGAGCUCUGCAAAGAUAAGGUCAAAGCCUGUCCCAUGGGAGGGAUACCAACGUGCCGAACUAGUGACUUCGGAGGAGCUGGCUCUCAUCAAGAAGGUGGACAGACAGCCCAGGGCAAAGGUGGAAUCUAUCCAUUUGUCCGAUGGCCAAACAUAUGCCCUACUAUACCUCCGGCUUCUUAAGAAGCUCCAAAGGGUCGAUACCAUGCAAUGCCUCCUAGUCUUAAUUGCAGAUGCACUCCUGGAUCAUGAUGAGCGGAUACCGCUCUUCGCGAGAGUCGCUCAGUCUGACCCCGACCUCCCGUAUGCCCCUCUCAUCAGAACUCUAGAAGCUCAAGAUGACUUUGUUCAACUCAAAUCCGCUCAAAUACUGACCGUGCUGCUGAGCUCGGAAUCAACUCCCCUUCAGCACCAGCACCUUCAGCCAUUCCUGAAGGUUCUCGCCUCACUCGUGCAGAGCCAGUCACAAAACAAGCGUGACGUCGCAGUUCAGUGCUUAGAGUCUCUUCUCGCUCGUCCAGAAUGCCGCAGGGCAGUAUGGGCCAUCCCUGGAAUAUUAGCAGGGUUCGUUGAGAUCCUUCUCCAUAAACCUGGCCCUCAGAUGAGCUACCAAGUGAUCUUCUGCAUUUGGUUGCUUUCAUUCGAGCAAGAUGUCGCUGAACAAAUCAACAAGAAAUACGAUAUUAUACCUUUGUUGAUCACAGUGGCACAGGCUGCCGUGAAAGAGAAAGUUAUUCGCGUUAUUAUUGCCACUUUCAGUAAUUUGAUUACGAAGGCGCCUUCCGAGAAUCUUCCGGCUAUGCUCGUCGCGCAGCUUCUUCCGUUCUCGAAAAACCUUUCAACUCGCAAAUGGUCUGACGAGGACAUCUUGGAGGACGUACAAUACGUCAGAGAUGAACUAGAACGCAACUUUGAAAGCCUGACGACGUACGAUGAAUACAUGUCAGAGCUGGCAUCUGGUCAUCUGUCAUGGACACCAGUACAUGAGUCAGAUGCCUUCUGGCGGGAAAAUGCAUCGAAAUUGAAUGAUAGAGACUAUGAGCAGUUGAAGACCCUCAUCAGACUACUAGGCUCCGACGACCCCGUCGUCCUGGCUGUUGCAGUUCACGAUCUUGGGCAGUAUGUGAAGCAUUACGAACGGGGAAAGAGAAUAAUUACAGACUUGGGGGGUAAAGCCCGCGCGAUGGAGCUCAUGACUCAUCCAGAUCCGGAUGUACGCUACCAUGCCUUGCUAUCAGUGCAGGAGCUCGUCAGUCAUCCUUGGUCAGCGGUAUAGUGCACACUUGGACAUUGAUAUUGUCAGCACGCACAAUCUCUGUCAUGCUGUAUGUUGCAGCUACCUGUUGUAUCUCGUCGUACAUGCCGUAUAUUGCAUACGUACGUGCCAACACCAUUCCUCUUUUUCGUCUGCAAUGCCGGCGUGUUCGUUUCAUCAUGUUUGUUGCACGUUUCAUGGUAUCAUCACCCUCCCGAAAUAUGUAAUGUGAUGCGUUCAUUGCAGUUCCCGAAAAAGACAACAUCGAUAUUCUGCAGCAUGCAGUUCCUUAGGAUCGUGAACCCUGUAAGGCAGCAGUGCGGUUUGGAAAUUCUCUCGUAUGAUUCGAUCCG